AUGAAGACCCUUCUUCUGCUAGUUUUGGUUGGCUGUGUGCUAACUGUAGCACUAGCCUUUCCAUCAAGGGAACUUCUUCGCACAAAAAUUCAAGACAGUGAAGAGUUCGAUAAAGCAGAAAGGUUAGUCACAUGUACAAAGGUUAAUGUGGUUUUAUGGCAUAUUAUUUUUGGAGGGCUUAUACUGAAACACGCAGUGGAACUUCUAUCAUUUAAUCAGCUGCGUAUGUUAAAUGAUCAGGGUUUUCUCUCAUAAUUAAAGCUUAACUACGUAUGUUGAGACUUUGAAACGUAAUUUUUCUCACUGAAACUGAAAAAUUGGCGCUUCAUAAUAUAGCACUAUGACACAACAUUAAAAUUAACACCAUUUGAAAAUACUUAUUUUCCUUCAGUGAACUCCUCUUGGGCACAAAAAAUGUAGCGGGCAGAAUUGACGAGGAUGACACUGAUGCAGAAGAAAGUGACAGUGAUGAUAAAUAUGGUGAUGCUGAAUUGGACAGGUAUGCUUCGUACUAUUGAAUUAGAUGAAAUUAUAUUUCUAUUAAAAAUACUGUUUACUCCAAAGUUCAUUUUUUCCCUUACUCAUAAAUUCAUUAAAAGGGCGUACAAGUAUUAACCCAUUCGCCCCUGAACCGCCCGUAACCGCCCGUGUACGACAACCCCCGAAUUCCCUGAAGCGCCCGUAACCGCCUGUAAAAAUGGGCGCUGGAUUCAGUCCAUUCCCCUCUCCUCCUGGGUGUUUUUUUGUCUUUUGUUUUCACAGAGUGAUUGAUGGAUAAUAAACCAAUCAUUUGCCAUCUUUUGCGCAUUUUUUGACAGAUGAUGAGAAGCACCACAGGGUCGGGUUUUUCGAAGAGCACGAGUAAAAGAAAUUCGCGAGAGUAAUGGCCGCCCGCGUCGAUUUCGAAUCAAAGUUCGCAUCACGUUUGAGAGAAUAUAGAGAUAAUUCGACUCUUGAUCACUUCAGGUUGUUGAACAGACCUUGUGAAAAACCUUCUGAUUGAGAUUUAAACGAUCUUAAGACUGAAAAAGACAAUCCUAGCCCUCAAAUUGCCGAGCGCUUCGUAGGCAAACAAACCGCAUGGACUAUCGAUAAAAACUUACCUCGUUCAUUUCAUUUACUUGCAUCCAAGUACCGUGUUCCUCGCAGCAAAUGUUUUAAAUAUAACUGUUUCUUGAACUGCUGGAGGUGAUGCUUUCGUGGAGUUAAAAGUUUGAACAAGGAAACGGAUUAUGUGCGACGAUCGAUUUGGAUUGACAAUCCUCAUGAAUGAAAUUUACUUCACAUCGCGCGGAAGCUCACGGAGAAUAAACGGUAACCGUCUUUUUAUUCAAUUAUUUACAGUUGCCAAAUGAUGCUUUUUGUAUGCUUAUUUUCUUUGUGUAUAACUAUUAACACCUAUCGAUCUGUGCAUUGGUAGGUAAAGCAUUAAUAAAGCAAGUUUGGCAUUUAACUGUAUUUGUGCUUUACUUUGUUGAUCGUACAUGAUUGGCGACGCACUUCAGUUCAGGAUAUCAAAUACGCUUCCCUGAAAGAUUGCGGCUUUGCCACCUUCUCUGGCGAAUUCGAUCAUUUAUUUUAUUGUUGAAAUUCAAGAAUCGAAAAAUAUAUGAAAGAGUGGGAAGCUGAAGUCCAGCAUUCCCUUGUUUUAUUUUCCCAUGCUUGAUGAUGAGGAACUCUUCAGAUCGCUCUUCGUGAAGUGAUCAUCACCGAAGUUUCAAUACAUUUUUCUACGGUGCUUCUCGACUGGACUGAUCUGAAAGAGAACUUAAUGAAACAACUUUCAGUAAAAUGACUUUACAGUGUUGUUGAUGUUUUAUCGACUGUGUUUAUUCCUUUAACAGCGUUUUUGUUCCCCGUUUCACCGUUGAUUUAUCAGUGCAAUUAUUGCGCGGCGAAGAAAUUUUGUUGAAAUUCAUUGUUUUCGCCUCUUUCCACAGCUUUUUCUUUCUCAAAUUGCUAUUUUUUUUACAUACCCUGGCUGCCCAUUAACUCAUCUAAAAGAAAAAGUUUGUUUGAAGGCCAGAGUUUAUCUCAGGUUUUACUGCGCAUAUGGUUUAUUUUAGGCGCUCGCGUACGCUUAUUUUCUACCGAAAAUUGCCAGGGAAUUGGGGGGUUGUCGUGCGCAAAAGUCCCAGGAGUGAAUGGGUUAAAUAAAUAACAGAACAGAAUAACAUUUGCAGCAGUAAUUAUACUGAAAUUGCACUUGUGAAGGUAUAUAGGUUAUUCCUGUUCUAAGUAAAAGAAGCGCGAAAUCGAGAUUAUUGUUCUCAACUCAAAUUGACCAUUUUUGUUUGUUUGUUUGUUUGUUUUAUGAUCACCUUGCAGUACGUUUGAUCUCGAUAAACAUUGCUCAUCCUGUGUAGGACAAUUUUCACAUAUCAACGUAGUAUACACGUUUGGCCUUGCUACUAUAAGGCUCUCUGUACUGCAAUAGAUAGAGCAACCAAGCUAGUGUUACUUAAGGAGGUCAUGGACUUCAAAUUCCUGUCAGGGACUCAAGAUUUUUUCUUUGUCCCACGCUCGUCAAUCGAUUUUCGCAUAGGCCGACUUGAGUGAGAACAAAGCAGUAAAACAAAAAGCGUCUAACGAAACAAUCAUUCGUGAACUACCAUUCACUGAAUGAGUCAGUGUGAAUUUUGUGUCUUUUAACGUAGGCUCGGAACCCUUUGUGACGCGCUCGUUAACUCGCAUAGAGCGACUUAACUGAAAACAUGGCAGUAAAAAAAGUGACAAAAUUAUACAGUGAAUCGUAAAUUGCCUACAGUAUUUUUUGGUCUGUUAAAAGGUGGCGUAAAAUAUUUGCUAAAUGUUUCAAACUUCUUGUUACUGAGCCUCUGAAAAGAAGGCAAGAAUAAUGUUUUUGUUGCAGUAAAUCAGAAAAUCGUUUGUAUGACCAUGGCAGCGAAGAAGACGAGCAAAACGAUUUAUAUGAUGACGACAACGAUGAUUAUGAUGAUGAUGAAGAGGAAAGGUAA